CACGUGGUUCUCCGGGAUGCAGGGCCAGGCGAGCCCCUGCGACAGCCUGCCCAAUGGGGCAGCUAGGAUGGAGCCAAGCCUUCGAGGGGGCGGCGCAGUUUGCUUCAGCAGGCACUUUCCCCGCGUCAUGUGAGCGGCGAGAGCGCAAGAGGUAGACCGAGCGCCAGCAGGGAAAGGAGCGCGACGUCGCUGGCAGCUGGGCGAUGGUGGAUCUAUAACCAAUAUUCAUAAUUUUCAGCUUGUUGGCAUAAUAGUUAUAUAUACAGCUAUCAAUACACCUUUUUAUGAGGAGGCGGCAAACCAAUGGUCUCAGUAAAUCAUAGCAAACUGGUGUCUGCUUCAAGUCAGCUGACUGUUUCAGCUCCUAUUCAGCUAGCCAACACUUCAGAUGCUCUCAAGCAUGAGAUGCCACCACUGAAUUUGCUGCAGGAUUGCAGCGGGGAGCAGGCUUCCAACUCACCAGCUAUCUCCAACCUAAUCUGCACAUCAGAGACGGGUGUUUCGCAGUCCAAGGUAAAGAAGGAUGGGGAGAAACCACAGACCACUAUCUACGAAGCCUACCUCAAACUUCCUGAUUUUUGCACGGAACUCUCCAGGGACUUCAGCCCUACACUGGAGGAGAUUGAGGAGUUCCUGAAUGAGAAAAUGGCGUUUCUCAAAGAUGAGCUGAAUGACAAGCAGCAGCUCACUGUUAUGGACAGUGCGAUCACCUUGUGGCAGUUCCUUUUACAACUCCUCCAGGAGCCUCGGAGCAAGGAUAUCAUCUGCUGGACCUCCAAUGACGGAGAGUUCAAGCUGCUGCAGGCGGAAGAGGUGGCCCGCCUCUGGGGGAUCCGUAAAAACAAGCCCAGUAUGAACUACGACAAACUCAGUCGUGCUCUCAGAUAUUACUAUGUGAAGAACAUCAUCAAAAAAGUGAAUGGCCAGAAGUUUGUUUACAAGUUUGUGUCUUACCCAGAGAUUUUGAAUAUGGACCCCUUAGCAGUGGGCAGGAUUGAGGGUGAUGUCGAGUCUCAGACGGGCUUGUUAGACGUCAGCAAUGCUGCAAAGGACGUGGAGAAUUGUGGGAAAGAGAAGCCUCAGCCCUGUGCAAAGACCUCCAGCCGCAAUGAUUAUAUCCACUCAGGCCUAUAUUCUUCAUUCACUUUGAACUCCCUGAACUCUUCCUCUUGUGUAAAACUCUUUAAGCCAAUCAAAAUGGAGAACCCGACUGAGAAACCGGUGGAGAAAAAAGGUCCCCAGGAUCCGACACCGUCGGUCAUAAAAUUUGUGACCGUAUCCUCCAAAAAGCCUCCGAUCUCUCCCCUCGCCUCUGCUGCUCAGCCGCCCUCUACUCCGUCAGCUGCCUCCACUCUCCCUUCUGGCUCAGAUGAGAGUCUCCAGGCUUUGGAGUCCCUGGUAACACCGAGAGCGGCUCCUACUGAGACGUCUACAUCCUUGCCGAGCUUGACCACCAAUUUCACCCCUGCGCCUCCUGCAGCCUCCGUUUCUCCUCUCCAGGUUCCUCCCAAGUCUCCUUUGUCACCUUUAAGUUCUGAUCUGGCUGUAGACACAGAUCCUGAGCCUGUGUCGUGCCAGCAGCUGGAACAUUCUCAGAACCAAGCCUUGGAGUUCAAAGAGCAGGGUUGCUCCAUGCUAGAAAAGGAGUUUCGUCAUAGCCGAACUAGAAAGCCUAAAGGGCUGGAAAUUGCUCCCACUCUGGUCAUUACUGGCAGUGACCCAAGUCCGCUGGGGAUACUAAGCCCUUCCCUCCCUACUGCUUCUCUUACACCAGCAUUUUUUUCACAGACGCCUAUUUUGCUGACCCCAAGCCCCUUGCUCUCCAGUAUCCAUUUCUGGAGCACUCUCAGUCCAGUUGCCCCUCUCAGCCCAGCAAGAUUGCAAGGUGCUAACAGCCUUUUCCAGUUUCCAUCGGUGCUGAAUACUCAUGGACCAUUUACGAUAUCCGGAAUGGACGGGCCCUCCACUCCUGGGCCUUUCUCCCCAGAUUUGCAGAAGACAUAGGGUAUGGUCUUCUGGGAAAAGGACAGGUGGAAAUCAAGAUAAAGAGGUUUCAUCGAAAUGAUGAAAUCUGGUUUUCAAUAUGGGGUUUGCAAUUCCACAGAGACAAUAUGAACAGGCUUGGGUUUUUUUUUGCUAUUCCCGUUUUAAAUGCCUUUUCAAAAAUUCCUUUCAAGACAUAAGGGUAUUUUUAUGGAAACGCCUUAAUUGGAGACUGUUCUCCAAGAUCACUUUUCUCACCUGGUUCUUCGGGUUUAAGAAGGCUUCUCUUGGUAAAGGGAUCUCUUUUGGUUAUUGAUUUUUCUUGAGAGGGUGGAAUGCAAUGAUUGACUGUGCAGCAGCUGAUACCAGUCACAACUUUCCUUUUUGACUGGUAACCUUUUGCCCCUUUGCUUCUUGUAUAACCUAUCAAAAUAUUAAUCUGUAUUGGAAGCUGGCAUUCCAAGAAAUACUUGGAAAAGGUUGGUUUUUUUUAAAGGCUUGCUAUAGGGUUGAUAAUUUCUCUAUUAGUAAUGCAGAAAUGCUAUACGAAAAUAUAUUAUCUCUUUGUAAGAGGAAACUUUUCAGGAGCAUUUUAUGGUGAUAUAGAAGAACUGGGCAAAUUUUUAAGGGUGUUGCCUGUAAAUAGAGAAGAUCUAGCUGUGUAUCCUUUAGCCAAAAUUGUUGAUUCAUCUCCAGAGAAAUGCAUAGCACAUGGAAUGAAUGGAUCGUUUUGGUCUUUAGAAAUAUUUUGAUGUUUUACGUCUGAUAUUGCUUGGUAGUUUUAAAAAAAACAACCCUGAUGUUUAAAGCAGCAAACCGUUCUAAUUACAGAUCCUGGCAACUGAUGUUUUGUGGCAUUGGGGUAACCAUAUAUCUGAUAUGGUGUGUGUGGUGUUGUCUUGAUACUUGGUAAGGUCGUAUGUAGAUCUGACAUUUGGGCAGUGAAAGUUUGCUUGUAUUCUAUUAUUUUAUUCUCCCCUGUCCCCUUUCAACAAAUAAGGUAUCCAAAGAACAGUCAGUGCUGCUCUUGGCCCCUGAUACCUUUGGGUGAUCCACUUUUCUUUUUGGCCACGCUCUCACUCAGAUUUAAGGUUUGAGCAUGUUGAUGCUCCUAAAAGUAGAAAUAAUGUGUGGUUAUUUGAAAGUGUUCCUGUUGAUGAGGAGGGUGUGAGAGGGAAAGGGCAAGUUGGUGGGGGCUGCUUUAUAGCCUGAAAGAGCUAAAAGCUGCUUUCAGACUGCACUUAAUCUUGUGGCAUGGGAGUGGUUAAACCAUACUUGAACUGUUCUUGGAUGUCUCCACUAUGAGGAUAGUUUAGAUGUAAUUUGGUGGUCAUAUUAUGCUGGCUUCCUGAAGUGGCGGCCUGGCUUAUAUGACUGGAAAUUGAAAAUAUGAUGGGGACCUGGAUAGAUGUUUACAGCCUUAGUUGUUAUCUCUCUGUAGAAAGAGAUGCAUUGAGAAGCAUAGUAUUUCUGCAUAAGUGCUACCCUUAUCUUCUAGAUUUGGGCCAAAGUCCCGAAAGUACCACAAGACCUGUAGCGUCACAUAGCUAUUUGAUGGAAAGGUAAGAUAAAUACCAGGAAAGGUGUUUGGCAGGGUUUUGCUUUUUUAAAUAUAUAUAUAUAUAUUGGGAAGUGUUGACCAGGUACUGUACUUAUUAAGGACUAAAUGCAGAUUUCCCACCACAAUUUUAAUGAUGACUUUUAGUAGUUUGCAGAAGCAGAGAGUGUGAAAAGCAAGCAACUAUUUGAAAUGACACCUCCAGUGCAAGGGUAAAACUACUGCAUUUGAGAGGAGCUUGAAAUGCUGUGCUUUGCAUCCAUCCCAUUCUUUAAGCAAGGGACUUGAGCACAGUCAUCCAGGCGCUUCUGCAAAAUCUGUUAAUUUCAAAAUACGUACCUAUGUAUGAGACUCCCCUAGGGCUGAGUCCCAUGCUAAAGGAGAAGACAUUGGCUGGUCCCCCCCCCCCACGCCCACUGAAAUACCUAAACUAAAUUUCUCCUUCUCCCAUAGAGUUUGUGAUGCAACAUUCACAAGAACAGUUCAGAAGUUAAUUUCUUGGACUGCCCUUCCAAAACCACUUCUGGUAAGAGGAAAGGAAUGAUGUAAUAUAGCUUAGAACCCAAAGAGACAGCAGAAGGUGUGCUCUUGUCUGUUAACAAAGGUGCAUUGCUGUCAUUCAAGGUCCAGACGUGAUCAGCUAAGUCAUUUGAAAGGUCCAUGUCUGUUGUGCCUAAAUUGAAUGUGCAAUAUCUCCAUAUAUUCUGUUUAAUGCAGACAUGCAGAAAAAUAGCUGCAAGUAGUAAUUGAGAGGAGGCAACCUGCGUUCCCGAGUUUGCACAGGGGUUUUGUAUUCUGCCUCACGGGCUAAAGUAAUGACAGCACUUUUUAAUAGCAGCCAAUCUAGGCUGGCUGCUUUUGGCAUAUGUAUUGGGGGGGUAGGAGAGAAGUCAGAACGAGGUUUUGCUUUGCUUUACAUUUCUUCUUGAGCACUAAAGGAAUGCAAUUAAAACUAUUUGUUCUUUUGUCUUCUUUCUCCCAUCACCAAAGGAAACAGGCCGGGUAUCUUUCGUCAAAUAUUUCUUGUGUGGUGUAUGGUGCACCUGUGUGCUGUAUGUAUAUUUAAAAACAUGUAAGUGAACCAAAGUUAGGCCAUCUUGGUAACAGUUUUGUUUACCCUAGUUUCACAGUCUAGCCCCACCAGUCUCAAAAAGACGCACUGUUGUAAGCUGGCUUGUUAUACUGGACUGAGGUAUACAUACACCUAUUGCUCUUCUGUUUCAAGUGAUUUGAUAGAGCUCCGUGGCUUCAUUUUGUGGAGGCUUUGCUUUUUCUAUUUGGUCUUGACUAGCCAUCUGCUUCAUCCUUGACAUGGUAGGUUGUUGGAGGGCUUACAGUGAACAACUGUCUCGUGCUUUUAGUCACUAUGUUACAGCACCCUCCCUCCACCCCAAUGCCACCUUUGAAGGGUGGAAUUGGUGCAGCUCUAUUCUCUCAGUGAUCCAAGUGCUAGUAAAAUUGGGAUUUAAUUCUGCAAGGUUUCAAAAGAGAUAACCAGCUAAUAUAGAUAUUCUGUAUUUGUGUUUCAGCCAGUUCCAAGGUUGGACAGGUCUUUUUACUUUCAUGCAUGUUCUCUUUUUUGUUUUUUGGGAUGUGUUGAAAACAUUUUAAUUUACACAAGAAGUUUUUCUUAUGCUUUCAACUGUGUGCAAACUUAUGUUAGAGUCUGAUCUAACUUUAAAUGCUGGAUGUAUAUAUUUGUGUGUGUGUGUGUAUGCUGAAAAGAAUAACCAGGUGUGUCACCGAGUUAAGGGAGGUAACUGUUUCUUAUUUGGGAGUUAUUUAGGAGAGAAGAGCAAUCCUGAUUUGUAUUCUGCAUACUUCGUUGGCAUGAAUUGGUGUCUGAUUGCUCUUUACCUCAUUUGCUCAGUUUUGGCAUUCUUUGGGGUAGCCUAAAUCAUUCAUUGUAUCUGCUAGAGUUAUAUUGUUGCCAACUAUUUUAUUGCCUUUUGAAAUACUUAUUUGCAUGUAAGCAAUUGUUCACACAGCACAUCUUUGUGUUGUAGUGAGAGGGCUAUUGUUGUUUGUUUUUAAAACAGAAAGAGUGAAUAAGGGAUGCCCAAGAAACUAAAUGUUGUUUUUCAGGUUCUAAGUAAGCAAAAAGGACUUCCUUUUCUUACCUUGUGUCGGUUCCCCCAAGCACAUGUAUUGGAUUUCAGCCGCCAUUCACAGGCAUCACACCAAGUUUUACAGUAGUUGAGGUUGAAACAGAUUGUGAGAGGGCGCAAUGAACCCAUUAUUAUCUUUGAUUCUGUGUUGAGAUUCCUGCAUUGCAGGGGGUUGGACUAGAAGACCCUUAGGACCCCUUCCAACUCUACAAUUCUGUGAUUCUAAGAAAUGCCAGAGAACUUUAAAUUCUCCACGGCUGUUAACGACAACAUAAACAGUAUCAGUAAGCCACAAGGGAAUGAUCUAUUCUAGUGCUGCUGAACACAACAGCUCCUAAUCUUGCCAAUGUGUGCAGCCUUUUUUUCUUGUGGAGAAAGCAUUAGGCUGAUGUCUGCGGCCCUGGAGAAAAGUGUGAUGUGGUCCUUAAAGGGCUCAAGGCAGAGGAGAGUAUUUAAUACAGUCAUUUGCAAAGUGAAACUGAAGUACAAUUAAUGGGUUGUGGCCUGAUUUGGAUACACAUCUUCUCCCCCACCUCCACAGGGGCUGUAGUGGUUAGACCUAUCUUAAAAGAUGGAGGGAUAUUAUUUUAUUACCUUUGCUUUGCUUUAUUUUGCUUUUCACAUGUUGUGUAUCAUAUUUGUUAGUUGCUUGGAGGUGCUUGGGUAAAAGUUGCUAAUAAUCUUAACAGUGAUAAUUCCCAGCUUGCUAAACCAUAGCUUAGUAGGUGGAAUUGAGCAGCGUGACUAUUUCACUGCUUGCUUCUUGGUUUAAUAAAGCAACCUUUAGCUGUUGCAUCCCAAAUGAGGAACUGAAUCUUCACCCCGAUCUUAAACCAUCUUCAAACUCUAGUUUAAUAUCCCGGCUAGUAAAUCAACAUUAAACCACAAUUCCCCAUUUUUGACAUAACAGCUUGCUGAGGCCGGAGCACACAGUUUUGUCAUUUGUUCCCAGCUACUGAACAGUGGUUUAAGCAAGCUGCGAACUCCACAUCCAAAAUGGGCCAGUAUCUGCUUUGAUAUAUAUUAAUGCUUUCUUCACUUUAAUUCAGGGCUGGGCAGUACCACAAUGGGAAUUAUUCAGAAAUGAUCAGAGCUGGCUAACCAUUUUGGUCUCAGAGCUUCUCACAGAAGAUGAGCGAGUAGCAAGAAUCCUGCUGAAUCCUGCUAAAAGGUCUAUAUCAGGCAUCUCCAAACUUUGGCCCUCCAGAUGUUUUGGACUACAAUUCCCAUCUUCCCUGACCACUGGUCCUGCUAGCUAGGGAUCAUGGGAGUUGUAGGCCAAAACAUCUGGAGGGCCACAGUUUGGGGAUGCCUGGUCUAUAUAAUCCAACAUCUUAUCUCCCCGGCAUAGCUAAAUGGGUGCUACAGAAAGUCCAAAAGCAGGAACGUAGUGUUGCUUCUAACAACUGAUAUUUGGUGACAGCUUUUCCCUGAAAGGAGAGGACCCUCCCUCUGUUUCAUGAAUUGAUCUGAUCCCUGCUUUAAAGCCAUCGGCCAUCAGAACAUCUUGUCACCGUGAGCUUCGUAACGUAAGUGGAGCACUGUAUUAAUAACUGGAAGCUUUUCUUUUCCCAUGUGGGGGUCUUUAGAAACUCUUUCUUUGGGAAGCUUUGUGUAAUCAGAGGAGCAAGUAGUGAGUUGAAUGCACAGGUUUUCUAGCUGGUCCUUCUUGAGUGGUGAGAUUUCUUUGGGGAAAUGUUUUGAAACUGGCUUGGCGUUGACUUUUGGUCUUGCUGUUCAGUUGCACCACUUUUAAAUGCUACAUACUAGAAUUUUUUUUAACUAGUCUUUCAAACUUGUAUAGAAAAGUCUUGUUCUAAAGUAUUUUUAAAAUAUUGUUUGUAUUUUUUAUAGCAGUGUUACCAGAUGGCCUUAUGUACAUCACAGUGUGGGUACAGUAGCAUAAUUCAUGCAUUUCCCCCCUCUAUAUUUGUAUUUGUAAAUAGUAUCUCUAAGAAUACGCAAAAGGUAGAGGCUUGGGAGCUAAUGAGAGAAGCCAGAACAUAGUGCUCUAGCAUGGAAUACUUGGCAAAUGAAAAAAAGCCAGAAUUAAUAUUGUGAAGGAGCAGAUGAUUAUACAUAAAUUCCAGGACUCCAAAGUGCUUCAAUGUUCUAUCUUUCUGCCAGGACACUAUCUAGUGCAUUGGCUUUCAGUUGGUGGGUUGAGAGUCAUUACCAUGAUGGGAGACUUUAUCUGAAGCUGGUUGCAGCAGCAGCAGCUCUACCACCGUACAAAAAAUAUAUGGUAAAAAUUAAGGAUGGUAUCCAUCGAAUUAGUUCUGUUAGUGCCAUGGAGCUUCCUCUCCCUUACCUCUCACAGGACUUAGGGAACCCCCAAAACAGAUUUAGGGGGCAUCAGAGGAGAAGCAGGAAACGUUCUGUAGCACAACUGGAAGCCCUUGCACAAACAAUUACUUCAUUGGAUGCCACCCAAGGGGAUGGGUUUCCAAAUGCAUGUUUGAGUUAAUGAUGUGUCUGAAAAGGCUUGAAGACUCCCAGUCCGAGUGCAUUUAUAGGCACCAUUUUGUGGCAGGAGGAGCAAGUUUGGAGGCUCCUGAUGAGUUUCAGGUGGUCGGCUGCAGGUGGUGGCUCUGGGAUCUCAGUGGACAUUACUUUUCGCAUCUGAGCCUUCCAUCUCUUAUUGUUUGGGUUACACCUGUUUUAAGAUGGCAGAGCAUGUUCCUGCAAUUGCCAUUUUACUUAUAAGUUCAUGCACUGUUGAUUUCUCUCUCCCCUCCCCCCCCCAGCUUUCUAAAUGACUGCUGUUCCUAGAGCAAAGUCUCUGCUUUUGUUCAGUUCUGGCAUCAAAAGUAGAACUGUCUUGAGCCUUCAACUUAAGGGCUCCAAUUGGUCAUUCCCCAAGCAGGCCUAGUACAGGGAAGAGCAUUGGCAGUGGGUUACGCUGGGUCCUCAGGUUAUCGUUACUUGCAAGAGGUAACAGAGCAGGUUUACAGAAGGGAAAGGGCUUUCUUAUUUUAGCUCCCCUUGGGAAUAGAGUCCCUGCUCUUCUCCUAAGGCCUUUGUGCGGCUGGUUGUAGAGAAAAUAAAAUUGGCUCUCGCUUCUCCCAGGCAAGUACUCAUUCUAGUACAGAGGACCUUGGGUUGCAUGUGUGUUCUGCAAUAUGCAGGCAGUCUCAAACAUGGAGGGGACUGUGUUGGUACAUCUUAGAAUGGAUCCAAUAUACGAGCCUCCGUGUGCAGAAGGUUUGGCUGGCUAAACAGGAUUUAUUUGGAAAAUAAGUGAAUUUAGCUGGGGGAAAGUAGGUUGUUGAUGCUUUGUUCCCAUUUUUUUUUAAAAAAAAACAAACGGAAAAUCUGUACCAUUUGAUAUAUAUCCAGUAUGUUAAUGCCAUUCUGUAAAAUAUUGCUGAUAUGUAAUGCAAUUAAUAGCCAAAGUUCUAAGUAUGUUCUCAGUGUUGUUGUUGUUGUUUUGACUAUAUAAGCACCUCUGGGUAAGAUAUGAGGGAGGCCUUCAAAAUGUUAACAGGUUAGUUAGAAAAGGACGAAAAAUCUGCCUCUUAAGAAACAAUAUUAUUGCAGGAGUAUAAUUCUCGGUCAAAAGCUAGUCUUAAAACUGUUCAAGGAACUGUACAGUGAUGGCAUUUUUGUGGAUUGGUUUGCUAUUAAAAGUCAGUAUAUAUUGGCUGUUGCACAUCCAAACAUAAUGAAGGUCUUUGCUGCAAAAUCAGGUGACCAUUUUCUAUUGCUUAGACUUUUGUGCAAAAAGGUUUAGGGUAAUUUUUUUAAAAAAGAAAAGUUUGGAGGACGCAUUACUUAUUUUGUUUAAGAACUGACAGAGGGAUAUGUUUUGUAUAAUAAUGCAAGAUGGCUUUAAACAGUGUAGCAAAUCAUGUUAAUAUGUGCAACCAGACUUGCAAAAUAAUUGUAUUUUUUUAAAUAAAUAUUUUUUAACAAAUGUCAUUAUUUGGAGUGUUACUCUUCUGCAGUGGAAAGAAGUUGUCACUGCAGUUCAGUUAUAAAAGUCAUUUCACUCUGGAUUCUUGAAAUAGAGGUAGCAGCAGUGUAAUCACCAAGCAUUGUCUGAACCGUGUAAUAUAUAAAUGUAGAUGUGCCUCUUCUCUAUCAGUAGCGAUGGUACCAUUCUUGAAAAUCUGAAUGUAUUCAAAUGAUGCCUAUUCAUUGCUAAGUACUGUCCUAGGUUUUUCAGCCACAGCUGUAGCACUGUAAGCAAAAAUAGAUUGGUGGCAUCAUGGUACAAUUUGAGAACCUUGCUUUGGAAGAAACAGGCUGUGAACCUCCUACUUACUUUUUGUUUUCUGGCAUUUGAAGUAUCUGCAACUGUUAACCCAUUUGUGGUUUGAAGAGCAUGAAUAGCAAGGAAAUCAGACUGGAGAAGCAAAUUUAAGAGACCUAGGCUAUUUACAAACCAUACAUUUAAAACACCUCCUGCCCCAAAUAAUAAUGGAAACUGUACUUUAACAGUGAAGUAUAGCUUUGAGGGGUAAACCACAGUGUCUAGGAUUUUGGGGUGCUUUAAAGGGAUGGUGUGAAUACAGCCGUCCAGUGCCAGUUUACGACAGUUUUCUGCUUGAAUUAAAUUAUCCCCUUCAAAAAGAUUCCUUUUUCUUAGAGCCCAAUACCUUAAAGUUUCAACUCAUUCAGACACCACUUUCUGCAUUCAUGUCUCUUGCCUUGCACCUGUGGUACAUCUGAAACAGUUCAAGAGAAUUUAUCAAGGUUCCAGUUUUCUAAUUGAUAUUUCCUGAGCAGGCACAUGUGUUGUUUUUGUAGUUAUUUUUAGCUAUUACAGCAGUCUUUUUUCCUUAUGUAGUUCAUACACCUUUUCAGUUACAGAAGCUAAUACCUAUUUAGUAGAAUAAUUGUAAAAUUAUGCUUGUUUGUCUUUCUACACUUGAAAGGGACACUAAAGAAUUAACUUUCUAUAAAGGCUGCUAGCUACUGGGAUGAACAGUGAUGCUGGCAGUACAUGUAAAGUGUCUUGUUAAAUAAGUAAUGAAGUAGGUAUGGAUUAUUUGCAAUGUGAGGUGUAACCGCAAAAUAAGCCAAAUCAGGAACACAACUUUUACUCCUGCUGUUAACACAAUGGUUGCUGUCAGAUACAACACCCAAAGCAUGGUUUGCCAUAAACAAGCAGGUGUAAGUUUUGCUCAAGCAUGUUCUUCAUGUGCACAGUGGAAUGAAAUUAAAAGUUCCCACUGCUGGUUUAUGGCAAAUGAUAUUUUGCUGUUUCACCCACACCUGGUAAACUAUGGCUUGCUGUAAACCAGCAUGAAAACUCAAUAUUCUUGCAAUGCUAACAUUCUGUUAAAGACAAGUUAUAUUGUUGCUCAAGUUCACAUGAGAAAUACAAUGUUUUGUUUAAUCGGAUUAAGGUCGACCUGGUUCUGCCUUCUUGUCCAAGAAUCCUAGGGAGCAGUUGCUGUAGGUAGUCCACUGGAAAAGGCUGUGAUCCAACACACAUAUAUAAACUUAGAGCACAAAAUGACACAAGCUCUGUAAUCAAGGCGGGUAUAUUUUAAGGAUUGGACAACAUGGAAAUCAAAGAUGAGGGCGCAUACCCAUGCAACAUAGCAAUUGAAGUCAAAUGACAACAGAAAAAUUCAGUAUAAUGCACAAUUUUGAAAUGAGCAGUGCAACAAGCCUCUAGGGGAAAAUAGCUCUACUUGAGUGAAGUUGCUGGGUCCCAUCUUAGAUACUCCACGAGUUCAUGCGACAAGAGCAAUCACAUUAAACAUUCCUUUAUACACACACACACACAUGUAUAUCUAUCUGUGGGACAGAAAUUGCAACAAAGCCAGCUCAAGUUUGCUAAAGCUAAGUUUUAAACUAUCCCAAUACCUUCUCUCUUUAGAACAGUCAAGAACAUGGCUGCCUUCAUGACAUUCAGUACCUCUCAAGUUCUGCUUCCGGAAGGCACCUCAUUAUAUUGCACAAAUGGAAGAGACUUGAUGUUUGGCUUCAUGUACUUCAAAAUUUUCAUACUUCAUGGGUAAAGCCGUCCCAUCAACAGGAGUAGCCUACAGCUCUCCUAUUCCUUCUACUGUACUAAUUGUGAACCGUCAGUAUAUUCUGGUUCCACUGAACUCAACCCACCAUUAGUACCUUUGCCACUGCCUAGGCAUUUCCGCCAUGUGAAAUCCCAUCUGGAGACGCACAAAACUUGAAUACUUCAACCUGGGUGUGGCAGUAUCUUUUUAAAAGUAAAAUAAAAUUCUGGAUGCCUGUAGUACAGCAUCAGUGAAUAGAGUUCAUAAUGCUGCAGCAAAUGUUUUGCAACUUGAUCAAAUUAGAAAUAUCUACAGCUGCCUCUUGGUUUGCAGUGAAUGAACUUUAGGAAGCCUCCCGCCACCCCAAGGUUCUAAAGUGACAGGAAUAUACCUUUCACUGCCUGUGUUCCUGAAGGGAUAUGGGAGGUUACCAGAGGAGUUAAACUUUCACAUGUCAAGAUUUCAGCCCUUCUGGUCUUCAUUCUUGCUACAGUGAUUUUUCUCUAGUGACGGACCAACUGGCUGAUGUGAACGAGUUGCAGCCGACAAGUCUGAGAAUAGAAAAUCCAGGUAGUUUUAAACCAGGCGGUAAGAGCAAAUCUUUCUUUUAGUUGGUGUGACUGUGUGCUUGAUCCAAAUACAAACUCACGGCUUCCUUUAGCUCUGAUAAAGUCUAGGUUCUUCCAUUGAUGGUGGUGGCUUGUCUGGUGACAGAUCCAUAUCUGCAAAACAAGAUUCCUCUCAGCAGCCAAUAAGAAUCGAAACAGCCAGUGGAUGAGCUUUGACUUUUAAGGUGGAAGUCAUUAGCAGGCUAUGCACCUUCUACCCUUUCCAAACACAACCAUGUGCACACAUCAAAGAGAGCUACAUUUAUAGUUGUGCUCUGAUGGCGGGAUUGCCUGCAUGUUUUGAGACACGCAUUUCCAUUUCACUUUUCUUGGUUCACUGUGUCUUCAUGGCACUGCACUGGGUGGUUCCGAAUCUUGCCUACAACUGGCUCUUAAUCGGUUCAUAGCUUCCCAGCAGGUGGGUCACUCUUGUUUACUGCGGGAGGGUGGUGAGAUCAGGUGGAAAUCGGCGUGGCAUGAACGUACCAGUGGAGUUACAGUAAUCUGGUGCUCCUACCAGUGCAUUUGCACUGUGCCCACUGCCUCAUCCAUCUCUCUCCCGGUAAGCAGUAGCAACCCUCCUGUUUUAGGAAGCUAGCCAGUGGCUCUGCCCCACCUGGCGAGCCACUUCAGCUCAUAAUGGGACAUUUGCUAUUACUUGCACAAUACAUUCUACACCUGACUCAGUUGAGCUCGUACCUCUAUUUAUUUAUCUGGAAAAACAAUGGACUUAAUACCCUGUAGUGAGACGCUCAUGUUGACAGCGGCAGUGUGCAGAUGCAACAAGAAGUGGAAAUAGGAUUAGUUUAACCAUCCCAUGCACAAAGCUCAAAGCGCACCUGCUCUGCUUCUCCCUUAACCAAGCAGGGAAAGUUCAUGGAACCACUGGCUGCAGCCCAAACUCUGGUUUGUUUUGGGGAGAAUAAAAUAAAACCACAACUGGGAAGACAGGAACAAGCCUUGGCUUCAGAUUGUGGUUUAUUUGUUUCUACAAGUGCUGGUACAGAUGCAAAGCUACGCCAGCUGUCUUACUUCUGCUAUGACUUAGAUUGUAAUUUUUAAAUUAUUGGUUCUACCGAGACUGCAAUUUUGUAUUCUCUAUUGGUUAGUUGACCGCAAUACAAAUACAUGAGUUGACAGCUUUGCGGCCUGCUUUCCCCAUUCUACAGGGUGAGUUGUGUGCACCAGCCUGCAACGUGUGGGUAAAACAAACCAUGCUUAUUUAGUUGUUACUGCAUUUAUAUCCUACUUCUCCCCCAAAGAGCUGGAGGGUGGUGUACAUGGCUCUCCCCCUCGCCAUGUUAGCCUCCGAAGAAUCCCAUGAGGUAGGCUGGGCUGAGAGUUGAUCACCGGCCCAAGGUCACCCACUUAGUGAGCUUCAUGGCUGAAUGGGGUAUUUGAACCCUGGUCUCUCAGGUGCAAGUGCAGCACCUUAACCACUAUCUCCCAGUUUAGGGUUUAAGAGCAGGAUGGCUAAUCUGUUGCCUUCAAGAUGGUGUUGGGACUACACCUCCCAUCAUCCACUGGGGCUGUUGGGAGUUGAAUUCCCAACAUUUCCAGGAUGCCACAUUGGCUACUCCUGGCUUUAAAAUGUUGAAGUCUGUUUGCAGCUUAAGCAAGGAAAGCUGACUCAUGCUUGUUUUAAAAAAUUGAUUUAGCACCUUUUAAGCUCUUCCUUUACCCCCACUUUCCUGCUAUAUUGUUUUUUAAAAGUGCUUUAUUUCACCCCCUAGCCUCUUCGUCCAACAGUAAAGAAAGUAAAGUUCUGGGUGCCAGACAGAUCAUUGUGGGCCAAGCCAGGCAGGAAGAAUGGGCAGGAAGCAGCUGUAAAGCAAACACUUCCUUGCAUUUUCUCCUCGGAGCAAGACACCCCUGGCUUGCUUUGCACUAACGCCGUACCCCGCUCUUCCAUUCUUUUCAGAAGUGUGGAAGGAAGGGGGAGAGGUUGGGAUAAUGGGCUGGCAGUCCUUACCUGAUUGGGGUUGAGGGUGCAUCCUGUGGGAAAACAGAAGGAAGAUGUAGAAAAUGAAGGCAAAGGCUCCAAAGAUGGUCCCACACACUAGGAAACUGUAACUGCCCUGGUCGUGAAAGAUCUGUCGCAAAAGAAAAACAGCAAGGUUCAGGGCAGCCUUCGCACCUAAUGAGAGCCACACAUUGCCUUGAAUGGGUCUGGGAGCCAGAGGAAUAACGUCAGAGUGCACCAGCCAUGCUGACGGGGGUUGGAUAGGAUCCAUUUCCCAUGAGUGGGCUGUUUCAGACAGAUUGUCUGACCUUCAGAGAAAGCAGCAGAUGCCAUCUGUUUCCCUAGGGUGUCUACCUGCCAGAAAACCUAUUUCAGAAGGGAAAGAGCAGUAGUUCAAGAAAUGUACUGGCCAGCUUUCAACUGCAAAGGUGUCUCGAGCCACUAUAUGCAACGCCUUGAUUCAAAACAGAAAACUCUUUUCACCCACUGGAUGAGGAGGCUCUCUGUCAAGAAAUUUGCUUGAGUUAAACUCCUGCGUUAUUUCUUAAUUUGGUAUCCUGCCCUUCUUCCUAGCAGCUCAAGGUAAUACACGCCAUUCAUCUCCUACCCCACUGGCAGAGGAAGGGGGGUACGGUCCGCCCUGGGUGUCAUCCCUGAGAGGGGGUGACAUCACCCAGGUGGCACCCCCCUGGUGAGACAGAAGUGGAGCUAGCCGCCCCACCCCUGGGUGCAUAGCAUGUGCGCCGUCCCAGGUGCUGGAGCAGCUAGCUCCGCCUCUGUCCUACCCCCCCAGCUUUAUCCUCACAACUACCCUGCAAAGUAGGUUAGGCUGAGCGAGAAAGACUGCCCCACCCCAAAUGCCACUGAGGGAUUUGAGCACACACUACGGUGCCUUCCUCAAGGGUUUGAAAGAAGGCAAGGUGGAGAAGCUGGCCAAGUGCAUCCUCCCAAGCAGGGGCAUGCUUAAAAUACCACCCAAGGACCUAUGCUGCAGGACAGAUGACAGGAGGAUAGUGGCAGGUUGCAUGUUCUGCCACCAGAGGCCGCCAGGUGAUAGCCAUCAUGAGUGGUACUUCAUACACUUUGCAUACAGGAGAUAAUAGAUUCAAUCCAGUUAAAAAUGGCAAGGGGUGUAGAAUAAUUCUUAUGGGGACCCCAGAGAGCUGCAAACAAUCCUGGCCUAGGUAGAGAAAUUGCCUUGGCAGAAGAAGGUUGCUUCCUCUGUUCCUUUCACACUUUACUAGAAACAGAUCAAUUGCCCUUUGCUUCAGUCUUAGCUUCAGAACAAGCCUGGCUUUCUAAAAACGCCAGAAAACUAUGAGCAGCAUUUCCACACAUGGUGAGUUCCUUCUUGCAGGAGUAUUUGGAUGGAGUCGUUAACAUUAUGAAGCAUGUCAGGACACACAGGGCUGUAGCCAAAGCAGUGCUAAGCAAUGUGUUCUAUUAGCACAAUGGAGCUUCUCCUGCUUACCUCCCCAUGUCCGCCCCCAAUCUGCACUGGGUUCCCCCCCCCCACCUUCUGGUAAAGAUUUGGGGAGGGCAUGGGGUGCAGAUGGAGAGAGGAGAAGAGAAGUUGCAUUGCACAAGUAUAAAUCCUUGCACUAAUGGAACAAGUACACAGGAUAUCACCCAUGCUUUGCAUGCAGAAGGUCCCAGGGUCAAUUGCUGGCUUCUGUAGAUAAGGCUGGGAAAGCCUCAUGUUGAGCUGCUGGACCAUGGAUGGGGAACCUGCAGACCUUCAAAUAUUCUGGACUCCCAACUCCCAUCAUUCCUGGCCACCAGCUGUGCUGGCUAGGUAUAACUCAACAUGGUCAGAAAUUAUGGGAACUAGAAUCCAACCACAGUUGGAGGGCCACAGAGCAUCAGAAGCCUGUUGGAUCAGACCAAUGCACCAUCUAAUCCAACAUCCUCUUUCCCCACAGUGGCCCACCAGUUGCCCAUGGGAAACCAGCCAGCAGGUUGUAGAAAAUACUGAAUACUGAACUGGUGCUCCAGCUGAUGGCCAUGAGAAUCAGUCUCCUAAGCAAUGAUCAGCAGAAAGCUUAUGCCCAGCAGGGCGUUGGUGGAUUCUGCACACUUACCGACCCUACCAGCAACUGCAGAACCAUCUCUCCAACACCUGCUCCUGUCACCAGCACAGUAGUGGCACAGCCUGGAAUAAAAGGGGCACCACGUUACACUUUUUGCAAGAAGCAGAUAAGGAAGGCUGAACAGAUGCCGCAAGAUGCACACGUCCCAUCUUUAAGAGCAAGAUGCAAAGGAUUCUUGGAGAUUUUUGAAAUGUUAUGUGGUAUAGAAAUGCUUUAAAAUAUACACAUAUUUCCCCCCCCCGGGUGUGUGUGAUAAAGUAUGAAACAGAAGAAGGCACCCAAAUGUAAAUGGCAGAAGUCUGUGGUACAAAUGCUGUGCUGACAGAAAGGACGAAGGCUUUCUUAUGCGAGCGAGUAAGAUACAUGAAUGUUGCUCUUUUAUGAUAAACCAAGUGCUUAAAGCAAGUCAUCCUUACACAUUCCCCUGGCAGUAAAAGCUCCAGUGAACAUAACAGGACAAUGGCCACCAACCUGUUGCCUUCCAGAUGCUGUUGGACUACAAGUCCCAUGAGUCCCAGCAAGCAAGGCCAAUGGUCAGGACUGAUGGGAGUUGUAGUCCAGCAGCAUCUCACAGACUAUGCCUACAGUUAAAUAUGCAGAGGAUUUAGUUGUUUGCUUAGCUUGUGACUAAUUUUUUUUAAAACCAACCAACCAGGGAUUACCUUAUAUUGGAAAGUUAAAAGCAUGCCCCUCAUUUAAAGGGCUCUGCUUUUAUUGUGGUUGUUGAAGCUAUUCUUUCCUGGUAGAAAGAAAGAACAAGGAGAGAUCUGGUUUACCUUUGUACUGGAGGAUGUCUUCAGUGUAGGCCAGGACACUAGGGAAAGUGCUGCUGAGGAACAGGCCCAGGGAGGCAGUCCCCACAAACAAAAAGACAACGCUGGAGGAAAAGAUCAGGAGCAGGAAGAAUGUUACAAGCACUCCAAGCUGCAAUGACAUAAAAGGAAUGGAGAAAAAAAUAAAUAAAUAUGGAGUAAGAAUUUUUUUUGCGCUCAGCUAAAAAGACAUAGUAACCGCCACUGCUAUCGGAGGGGAAAAAACAACCCUAACUGUAUGAGCCUUGCCUCCGGAGAGAUUCACAGACAUGUGGGCAUCAUUUGGUAUCUCAUCUCCCGAUCAUGCCCAGCUGAACAUGGAAACUGCUUCAGAAAAGACACACGUUACGUGUCUUAGAUAAGAGAGCUUUGGCAGAAGGCAGCUGAUCUGAGCCAUUUCAUGCAUGAAAAUCACCACUUGAUGCUACUAGUGCAGCACAUUGAAAAUCCCCCUUUGAGUUUACAGUUAUGACCACCAAGCUGAACUAGCAUAUCCAAUGUCCCCAGCAGACAUCACAGUGGGAGCAAAGAGCAGACUCAUUUCACUAACCCAGGACACAGCAAAUUGCUUCUGCUCUGCUUGUCUGCACCGCUGGCUGCACUCUCCUUAUUUGUAUUUAUUUAUUUA